UCCCUUUGAGUGUAUACCCGGAAGUGUCAAAAUAUUCCGGGAGAUCUAAACAUGGCGUCUAGGGAGUUACUGGCUUCAGAGAUGAAUGCGUCCAGCCUAAGUUUAAAUCGUUGCCCGAUGUUCCCUGAUAACCCAGAUCAUUGUGAUACUGUGGUUCUGGUGAGGAAAGUGGUGGCCUCGUUCUCCUUUAUUGGAUGUGUCUUCAUGAUCUUCGUCAUCUGGCUCUUUAAGAAAUACAUCGUGUUUACACAGAGGUUGAUCCUGUACCUGAGCAUCAGUGCGCUGUUGGACAGCAUCUCCUAUCUCAUGGAACACACAGAGAGUGACAUGAUCCCUGACAGUAAACUGUGCAACUUCUUGGGAUGGUGGCUGACAUUUUUUGACUGGACGGUGCUGCUGUGGGUGGGCUGCAUCACCUUCAACCUCUACAUGAACGUCAUCAGGGCCACCACCACACACAGGUUUGAGUGGGCCUACCAUAUUUUGUGCUGGGUGUUUUCAUUUGUGGUGUCCUGCUUGCCUUUCAUCAACGACCGCUACGGGCCUGCUGGAGCCUGGUGCUGGAUUAUCGAAGACUGGAAAUGGAGGCUGGGCAUCUGGUAUGGCCCUCUGUUCAUCAUCAUUGCCUUGCUGUUUGUGGCCUAUAUCUACAUCUCCGUCAUGCUCCACAGAAAGGCCAACACCUGGGAAGGAACAUACGAUCCUGACACAGAGAGAGAACAUCAAAUGCUGAAGGAGGAUAUCAAACCACUGAGGUUCUACCCCUUUGUGUACCUGGCCGUGUCCAUCUUCCCCCUCAUCAACAGGAUUCAGAAUGCAAUAUCCCCCCAUUACCAUGUGUUUGCGCUGGUCCUGCUGGCGUCUAUAUCAGCUCCACUGCAUGGUGCUCUAAAUGCUAUUGUGUUCGGUAUGGACAAAGAAACAUUACACAAGUUGAAACCUGCACAAAUACGCGUGGCGUUUCAGAGUCACUUGCAUCAUCAAGAAGUGCGAGAGUACCCCGUGGCGUACCGCUCCCCCGAAACGCCUCCCAGUCACAGCGUGGAGUCCCAAGCACCUCGAUUCCAGCACAUCUCCUACUCCAAACUGCAUUAAUACAUUACUAAUAUAUGUAACAUUGUCAUACUAACCCUCUCAAUGCUAGGAGCAACGACUAAUACUAGAGCCAUAGACCGCCUCCGUGGUCCAGUGGAUUGAGCGUUUGUCUGGAGAGUGGAUGGUUGGUGGUUUGAUCCCUGUCUGCGUCAUACCAAAACACAUGAAAAGACGGUGCUUGUAACCUUUUAUGCAGUAAGGGGAUAAUACAAGGACUGGUCGGCUUGGAGUCAGUAUAUGGUGUCUCAUUGGGGUAUCCAUGUUAAACUGCGGCAUGGUAUCUCAGUGGGCUAGCACUAUAAAACUGGUAUAAGUCCGGACUAGUACUAGAAGCCACACACACACACACAUGUUGCUAUAUAAGUGCAAUAAUCCUGAAUGCGACAUAAAUUUCACCUCACAAGUUUCGUAUAUUAUAUUUUUGCAUUGUUCUGCAUGAUCACAAGUUUAUUGUUUGUUGAGAUUAUGUUUUGAUUAUGUAAGAGUCUAUCAUAAGGGUUAAUAUUAUUUUUGGUAAGUUGGUGAAAGAUCCUGUUUUAUUGACGUGGUCUGGCCUUAUUACAAUAUUUUAUAUAUUUGCAUAAGCAGUGUUCCCUUUAACCGGUAUAUACCAGUCUUUUACCGGUAAAAUUAAGCUUGGACCAGUAAUUCAUGUGCCUGUCAGUCCUUUACAAAUCUUUGUUUUUGAACAAAACAUUGGCUAUAUUCAUAUAAGUAUAUGUUUCGAAUGAAGUCAGCAUGUCUGUCAGCAUCACGGAUUCCCCUUGUCUAUUUUUAGUGCAAGCAAAUCACAUUACGCUUUGCAUCGAGGUUAACUGUACAUUUGUGGCAACUUCAGCUCGAAAUAUUAACCAAAAAAAAGAGAAACAUGUGACUGAACUUUAUGUAAAUGACAUGUAAAUUUAACAAAGUUACUUCAGAGAUGGCGUCAUUGCAUUAAACAUGAUAUUAAGAAUUAAAACCAGGUAAUUUUCAUACUUUUUUUAUUUGGUAAAAGUUGAGACUGACGGAAAUUAGGGGGUACUGGUCAUUUUUAGAGUUGCCAGUCCUGGUGGACUGGUAGUUUCAAAAGUCAACGGGAACACUGGCAUAAGUUCUCCUUCUCCUUCUUCUCAACAAUUUUGUUAUUUGAAAGACAUUGAGAAUAUGUUAUAUCCCAAUCCAGUGUCCAUGGUAACCGCUGUGGGGCCAUUGUGUGCUGGACGUUCAGCCUUGAGAACAGUCUGUGUCUUCUCGGGGGGUACAAGUCAGAUAACCUUGUACUCUGUAGGACUGCACGGAGUACAAGUCAGAUAACCUUGUACUCUGUUGGACUGCACGGUGUACAAGUCAGAUAACCUUGUACUCUGUAGGACUGCACGGGGUACAAGUCAGAUAACCUUGUACUCUGUAGGACUGCACGGUGUACAAGUCAGAUAACCUUGUACUCUGUAGGACUGCACGGUGUACAAGUCAGAUAACCUUGUACUCUGUAGGACUGCAUGGUGUACAAGUCAGAUAACCUUGUACUCUGUAGGACUGCACGGUGUACAAGUCAGAUAACCUUGUACUCUGUAGGACUGCACGGUGUACAAGUCAGAUAACCUUGUACUCUGUAGGACUGCACGGUGUACAAGUCAGAUAACCUUGUACUCUGUAGGACUGCACACUGUUACCAGUACACUGCACUAUGUUUCAAGUAAUGCAUAUUGCAAUAAUCAGUGUUCCAGUAUAUUGGGUAAAAAAGUUUUGUUAUCAUUUGUAUCGCUUAACCUAAGGUCAACACAGAGAUGCAUUCAUACAUGAUGUCUUUCCCUCGAAACUGACAAAAUGACAGAAACACGAAAGUUUUCACUCACAUUGUUAUCUCCCCUGAAUGCAUGACUACAAAAUGGCAGCGACUGAUCAUGCUGAAUAAUAUCUACUUUGGUAUGUAGAAAAUAGGAUCUGCGUGUACAAACAGUGUAAAACACUAAGCUCACAAUAUAUCACAAUACAGACACCUGUAUCAAAAUAUAUUGCAAAACCAUUUUUUUGCUAGUGCACAGUCCUACUUAUUAAAAGAACAACCAAUCCUGUUUAAUUGACUUUCUUGAUUGUGUGUCUGGUGGUUCAACAUUGUAUCAUUCACUGUAAUGUUAGAUGUUAACGUUUCUUGUCCUGUUGGGGGCAGGGUUGACUUAGUCGUCUAAAGAGAUGCAAAGUCUUUGUCCAAAGUUGUGUCCUUUGGGCAAACCAGAAACCUAACAAUAGCCAAUAAGCUGGACCCCCUGGAAUAGAAACAUUUUGAAUAUGCAUAUGAAUAUACUUUGUGAGCAAAUACUCAACGGCUCAAAACAUUGUCGGGAUGAUAAAACUCUGAAGUCACAAUCAGCGUUAAUUAUAAUACUACGUUUAUCACAAUACUAUGUUUAUCUUAACAAGUUAAUCAAAAUAUGUUUAUCACUUCUUUGAAAGGCAUUUAAAAGUGAUACACAUAAGGAAGAGAAUUUAUGGAUGUCAACGUUUCGGAGUAUAUGCAUACCCCUUCAUCAGGUGAAUGAAUGCUACAAGGCAGAGAGCAUAUGUAUGUACGUGUAAGAACAAGAAGACUAAUUUGAUAACAAAAGGUGGAAACUUAACAAGGGAAGCCAACACAUAAUUUGUUUCCACCUUUUGUUAUCCAUAAAUUCUCUUCCUUAUGUUUAUCACUAUUCUACAAUCAUAACAAGACUAUGUCUAUCAAAAUACUAAGUUUAUCACAAUACCAUACAUAUCAUGAUACAAGAUGUCUGAGUGAAAUUGCUUUUUGUAGGCCAUAUUGAUACACUACAGGUCACAAUUGUAUUUUUUACAAAAUCCGUUUUAGAUGCCAAAUGUUUUUCGCUAAUUUACCUCAGGUACUCCAUAAUAUAUCGUGUAUAUUCAAGUUAAUUGAUGCCAAACAAACAAUCAUUUGAAUGGGAAACUAAUUUCCUUCUUGUAUUAAUAUGCUUGUGUUGACACGAUGAUUUUGUUUGUUUAUUACAUAAUGUCAGUCUCAUUAAUAUUGCAGUUAUAUGACAGCAGUCUGUAAAUAAUCUUGACCAGACAAUUCAGUGAUUCAUUGCAACCCAUGCUUGUCAUAAGAGGUGACUGAAUGGAUCAGGGGGUCAGACUAGGUGACAAGGUUGAUGCAUGUUAUCGUAUCCCAGUUGUGUGGAUCGAUGCUCAUGAUGUCAAUCACUAGUUGGCUCCGGUCCUGCCUCAAUUAUUAACAGACCACAGUCAUAUAGCUGGAAUAUUGUGGUCGUAAACAACAAACAAGUUUUGUAGAUAUAAUUUUUCAUCUGUUCAGUUAUUAUCUAGCUUUUGUUCAGAUGCUAGAGGUGAAAGUAUCAGAUGAUUUAUGAUGCUACUAUAGUUUCACAGUAAUUCUCAUAAAGUCACCUCUUACGACCAGACUUAUGAUUCAAAUGCGAAAUGAUUGAUGGAUAGGACCAAAAAGAUAAUCAUUUGGUGGCUGUCAUGUGACCAACCCUUCCCAAGAUGGCCUAAAUAGUUUGUUUUUGUUAUAUAUAUGCCCAUUUAUACCCUGUCAAACCAUGGGUACAUUUUAAGAACUAGCACUGCAGGUCUAAGAAAUGAAACAAUGAAUGCCUACAAACAAUCUGGAAUUGAACAUGUUGUUGAUGACUUAGCCUAAAUGAUUUGUUGUAGUGAAUGCUGCAUAGGUGUUGUGGUAAAGGGAAUCUUUAGUAGAUGGAAAGGUUCUCCAGAUGAAAGGGUUCACUAGAUUAAAGGUUCUCCAGAUGAAAGGUUCUCCAGAUGAAAGGGUUCACUAGAUUAAAGGUUCUCCAGAUGAAAGGUUCUUGAGAUGAAAGGUUCUUGAGAUGAAAGGUUCUCUAGAUUAAAGGGUUCUCUAAAUGAAAGGUUCUCCAGAUGAAAGGGUUCACUAGAUUAAAGGUUCUCCAGAUGAAAGGUCCCCAAGAUGAAAGGUCAUCCAGAUGAAAGGUUCUCCAGAUAAGAGGGUUCUCAAGAUGAAAGGUUCCUCAGAUGAAAGGUUCUUUAGAUUAAAGGGUUCUCUAGAUGAAAGGUUCUCUUGAUGAAAGGUUCUCCAGACGAAAGGUUCUCCAGAUGAAAAGGUUCUGCAGAUGGAAAGGUUCUCUAUAUGAAAGGGUUCUCCAGACGAAAGGUUCUCCAGAUGAAAAGCCUCUCCAGAUGAAAGGUUCUCUGGAUGAAAAGGGUUCUCCAGAUGAAGGUUCUCUAGAUGAAAAGGUUCUCCAGAUGAAGGGGUUCUCUAGAUGAAAGGGUUCUCCAGAUGAAAAGGUUCUCAGAUGAAAGGUUCUCUAGAUGAAAGGGUUCUCUAGAUGAAAGGGUUCUCUGGAUGAAAGGGUUCUCCAGAUGAAAGGUUCUCUGGAUGAAAGGGUUCUCCAGAUGAAAGGUUCUCCAGAUGAAAGGUUCUUGAGAUGAAAGGUUCUCCAGAUGAAAGGGUUCUCUAAAUGAAAGGUUAUCCAGAUGAAAGGGUUCACUAGAUUAAAGGUUCUCCAGAUGAAAGGUCCUCCAGUUGAAAGGUUCUCCAGAUAAGAGGGUUCUCCAGAUGAAAGGUUCUUUAGAUUAAAGGGUUCUCUAGAUGAAAGGUUCUCCAGACGAAAGGUUCUCCAGAUGAAAAGGUUCUCUACAUGAAAGGGUUCUCCAGUGGAAAGGUUUUCCAGAUGAAAGGGUUCACUAGAUUAAAGGUUCUCCAGAUGAAAGGUUCUUGAGAUGAAAGGUUCUCUAGAUUAAAGGGUUCUCUAAAUGAAAGGUUCUCCAGAUGAAAGGGUUCUCAGAUGAAAGGUUCUCUAGAUGAAAGGGUUCUCUAGAUUAAAGGUUCUCCAGAUGAAAGGUUCUCUGGAUGAAAGGGUUCUCCAGAUGAAAGGUUCUCUAGAUGAAAGGGUUCUCCAGAUGAAGGGGUUCUCUAGAUGAAAAGGUUCUCCAGAUGAAACGGUUUUCAGAUGAAAGGGUUCUCUAGAUGAAAGGGUUCUCUAGAUGAAAAGGUUCUCUAGAUGAAGGUUCUCUGGAUGAAAGGGUAUCUAGAUGAAAAGGUUCUCUAGAUGAAGGGGUGCUCGAGAUGAAAGGGUUCUCCAGAUGAAAAGGUUCUCCAGAUGAAACGGUUCUCAGACGAAAGGGUUCUCUAGAUGAAAGGGUUCUCCAGAUGAAAGGCUUCCCCAGAUGAAACGGUUCUCUAGAUGAAACGGUUCUCAGAUGAAAGGUUCUCUAGAUGAAAGGGUUCUCUGGAUGAAAAGGUUCUAUAGAUGAAAGGGUUCUCCACAUGAAAGGGUUCUCUAGAUGAAACGGUUCUCAGAUGAAAGGGUUCUCUAGAUGAAAGGGUUCUCUAGAUGAAAGGGUUCUCUAGAUGAAAGGGUUCUCCAGAUGAAAGGGUUCUCUAGAUGAAAUGGUUCUCAGAUGAAAGGUUCUCUAGAUGAAAGGGUUCUCUGGAUGAAAGGGUUCUCUAGAUGAAAGGGUUCUCCGGAUGAAAGGGUUCUCUAGAUGAAAGGGUUCUCUACAUGAAACGGUUCUCAGAUGAAAGGGUUCUCCAGAUGAAUGGGUUCUCUAGAUGAAAGGGUUCUCCAGAUGAAAAGGUUCUCUACAUGAAAGGGUUCUCCUGAUGAAAGGCUUCCCCAGAUGAAACGGUUCUCAGAUGAAAGGGUUCUCCAGAUGAAUGGGUUCUCUAGAUGAAAGGGUUCUCCAGAUGAAAAGGUUCUCUACAUGAAAGGGUUCUCCUGAUGAAAGGCUUCCCCAGAUGAAACGGUUCUCAGAUGAAAGGGUUCUCUAGAUGAAAGGGUUCUCUAGAUGAAAGGGUUCUCUAGAUGAAAAGGUUCUCCAUAUGAAUGGGUUCUCUAGAUGAAGGGGUUCUCCAGAUGAAAAGGUUCUCAGAUGAAAAGUUUUCUUGAUAAAACAGUUCUCCAGAUGAAAAGGUUCUCUGGAUGAAAGGGUCCUCUACAUGAAAGGGUUCUCUAGAUGAAAGGGUUCUCUAGAUGAAAGGUUCCCUUGAUGAAAGGGUUCUCUACAUGAAAGGGUUCUCUAGAUGAAAGGUUCCCUUGAUGAAAAGGUUCUCCAGAUGAAAAGGUUCUCUACAUGAAAGGGUUCUCUAGAAGAAAGGUUCUCCAGAUGAAAAGGUUCUCUAGAUAAAAAGGUUUCCCUAGAAGAAAGGGUUCUUUAGAUGAAACAGUUCUCCAAAAGAAAGGAUUUUCUUGAUGAUAAUGAAAGGGUUCUCUAGAAGAAAGGGUUCUUUAGAUGAAAGGUUCUCCAAUGAAAGGAUUCUCUUGAUAAUGAAAGGGUCCCACGCGACCUGAAUUUGUUUCUUACAAAACUUGAGCUUCUAAGUGGAGGCUGAAGUCCCUGCUGCGGCAUUAAGCAAUAUUGAGUCACUCCCAAUUGAUUCUAAAACCUAUCAGGUAAAAAAUGUUUUGGAUAUAAGUGGAUACGCUUUUCAAGAGUCUUUUUAAGCUGACUCAUCAAAAGUUGGCCCAUGAAGGACAUCUCUCAAUGUGAUAAAUGAAUAAUUUACUUUCCGUCCAUACAUGCUUGAAUGAAUGUGUUUGUUCAAGUAAUUCUUUUCAAUAAAUUGGUAUUGGAUAUUCAUUUGUUACAUUAAUAUAUAUGGUAUUGAGCAAUUGAUGAUGCACACAGCAAUGUCACAGCAGUUUCCAGCUUUAACCAAAUAAAAUAAGAAAUUGUACAGCUUAUGAUUCAUGUAUAUUAUAAAUGUAUAUUUGCUAUUUAUCAUAUUGAUUUAUGUAUAAUUGCCAGAAUAUUUAAGGAUUGACUGUGCAUUUUUCCGUUCAUAUAGGUUUGAAUCGAAAAAUACCUAUGUGCAAACUAUGAUUCUGUUGAGCGUAACUAAAUAAUUUAUUUCUAUAUGAUAGCCAGAAUAUAUACUAUUAGUCAUAGAGAAGAAUAAGUAGAUGAUGUAGGAAAAAAAACUAUCAAUUAGUCAUUCAUACAUGUUAAUACAUUCCGUAAUAUUUUUACAUGAAUUAUGCCUUUUGGAAUUUCAUUUUAUAUAACUGGUCUCAGUAUUUGGCAUAAUGCUUGUUUUGAGAUCAUGAAGAUGAACUUUGUUUUCUCAUCUGAUUAUACUGUUAUUGUGUGACUGUGACAUUGAGUGAUGUUCGUGACAUCAUUCACUGGUUUGCCUCAUCAAGACCUUCUGUGAACUAUGCCCCUGAAACCCAACCUGAAAUUGCAUGGUCACAAAUGUUUGUCAGUGAUACAGAAGAAUGCCAGUGCUUUGUGAUGUACAAAAGUAUGUCAAUGAUAUACUUACUCAAAACAAGUUAAAGAGCACCCACAAUUGAAAGUCUGUGUUGCAAUUCCCACGAGCCAUGACGGAUUGAUUAUAGUCAUAUGAAAAAUAUGGGUGUUUUUUAACUUCUUGUGAGUAGUAUGUAUACCACUCAACUCUUCAUAGGAAUAUUUUGAGUGUCAGUGUUGGAACUGAAUGCAACUAUUUGUUUGGGGAAGUCCGCGAAAAUUGUUCAAUGUUCCCAUGGACUGGAGUAUCUUCUCUUUCUUUCAAGUUACAAUGAACAUAAGUAUACAAUUUUAUAAGUUGUUGUCCUCUGUGUUUUGUAAAAGGAUGACAAGUCGAGUGUUUUUUCCAGGAUUCAGGCUAAUUUGAUCAUAAUUAUGCAUUUUAAAAUGAGUUGUGUGCAGAAAAAACAAAAACAUUUAUUAUUUUUUCAGUGAUAAAAUUCUUUUAAUUUUUGGAACUAUAAUUACAUGUAAUUAAAUCACAAAGUGGUCAGUCAUUAGUAAAGAAAUGUCUUGAUGUAAGCAAAGUCUGUCAUGCUCAUGACCGUUAUGUUUACUAUGAAUACAAAAGUGAAUGAAUUCCUGUGAUGUAUAUAGAAACGUUGAUCUGUGCAUGACCAGAAUCGAUGUAUUUGUGUCUGAUAUUUCAUGCAGACAGACCGUAUGUAAAAAAAUACAUAUCCAUAAUCUUAGUUAUGACUUUCAUACACUCCCACACUGGUUGAAUGGAAAUCCCUACCCCCCCCCCCCCCCCCCCCCCCCC